CGGGAGGCGCUGACGGCGGGAUCGGGAUCGGACCGGGAUUGGCACCGGGAUCGGACCCGGAUUGCAACCGGGAUCGGACCCGGAUUGCAACCGAGUGCGCUGCUGGGGUGGAGGCCGCCUGGGGACGGCAUCCCCCGAGAGAAAAUCCAAGAAGGAAGAUUAUGUGACAGCAGCAGCACAGGGACCUCCAUUUUCUUGCAGAGUCUCACCUUGUGUAAGAGCUGCCGCGUCCUUGCUAGACCUCAAACCACCCAGGCCACUGGUGUUUAGCUGAAUCCAUGGCAACAGGGAAUCCAGCUGCAUUCCAGGCAUCCUCAUGAAGCAAAGAACCUUGCUGAAGGGCAUGGCAGCUCCAAGGAAGGUAGGGAUCCCAUUAAGUGUCAUGAAGGUGUUAGAUCCACGCCAGCUAAAGCCUGAUAGCACGGAGACAGAAAGAAUCCUAACUGUCUUGGAUGAGACCAUUGUCAAGCUGGAGAUCACCAGGCUGAUCCCACGGAUUAUUGGCUCCCUGGACAGGUAUGCUAGGAUGCUGGGACCUGAGAUCACAAGCGGCCUUUUGGAGCAUCAGAAGCUUUCAAUGGAAAUACAGCACCUGCUCACCAGCCCUGGAGAUGCGAAGAGCAUGAGGGCUGCAGUGCAACACAUGAAAUGUUCCCUGAGAAACAUCCUGAGGCUCUUCCUGGCCAACCCCUUGCUUUACCAUGGGCUGAAAUAUGAAAUUUGGGUGAGAGAGUCACCAGCUGAUGUGUUUAUCAAAGCCUUCAUGGAGUUCCGGGAUUUCAUGCUUGAGAGGCUCCUGACCACUCCUGAUGAGGAGAAGGAAAUGAUUGAAUUCAUGAACGAAAUUUCCCUCCAGGUUGAGAAAAACACAGAAAUUAUCUCAGCUCUACAGGGAGAGCUGGCAGGAGUCAUCCAGACUCGAGAUGAAGAGGUUAGCAGGAAGGACAAAACAAUUGAAAAGCUCAAAACUAGCAUGGAAGAUCUGGCCAAGAACUGCAAGGCUGACAUCCGGCUGAUCAUGGAGGAAGGGGAAAAGCAGCAAAAAGAAGAUAAGGAAGCUUCCCAGGAGAGGUGUGCCAGGCUGAAGCAGGACAUUCAGCACCUGGGAACACAGUUCAGUGCACUGGUGCUGGAGCAUCGAGCCUCAGAGCUGGUUCUCAGGAAGGAAAAGUGCAAAGCAGAGAAGGAAAUUCAGGAAUGGGUCCAGAAAUAUGACACAGACAUGACAGAAAAACAGACCACAUAUGAGGAGGUCCAGGCUGUCUACAAGGAGGAGAAGGAGCAGCUGUCCCUACUGAUGGAGAAACACGCCAUGCUGCUCCAGGAGUACACCCAGAUUGAGGAGGAGCGCAAGAUGCUCAAGGAGAAGGAGGAGGAAGCUGCAAAGGAAGAGGCCAGGAGGAACAAUGCUGCCACCUGCAUCCAGGCCUUCUGGAAAGGCUACUUGGUGCGGUCCAUCUACAAGUCAAAACUGAAGAAGGGAAAGGGCAAGGGCAAAGGCAAAGGCAAAAAAUAAAGCCCCAAAUCCCUUUUCUCUCCCUG